UUAUCUUAAAAUUUAUAAAAUAUGAGAAAAAAAAUUCACUUAAGAUAGGAUUAUUAUUGUGGGAAUAAUUUUUUGCUUUGAAGAUUAGAUUAUACAGGAAGGCCACCCCUUCCCCUUCCCAAGAGUGGAAGCAAAUUCAUUUUCAGUUGCACAUCAUUUUACGUAGAAGCAACUGUCUCUCCCUCUCUUCAACUCUUUCAUCACAGCCCAUGGACGUCUAUAUAUACCUGUAACAAUCUGUUUCAAGAACCAUCAACCCAAAAGCUCUAGAAAACAUUUUGAAUAGUUCUCUCUUUCUCUUCAAUUAAUCUUUCAACGUUCAUUAGAUAUACUCCAAUGGCCAAAGACAGCUCCAAGAAAUCAAUCCAGGACAAGACAUUUGCAGGAGUUGGCAACCUCAUCAAGCUCCUGCCGACAGGAACAGUGUUCCUGUUCCAGUUCCUUAACCCUGUCUUCACCAACAAUGGCCAUUGCCACACAGUCAACAAAUACCUUAGUGGAUUCCUCAUAGGGAUUUGUGGGUUUUCUUGUGCAUUCUCUUGUUUCACUGACAGUUAUAUUGGCAGUGAUGGAAUUACUCACUAUGGGAUUGCAACUGUGAAGGGAUUAUGGCCAUCUACAAAUGCUGGAUCAGUGGAUUUGUCAAAUUAUAAGCUUCAAUUUGGGGAUUUUGUUCAUGCUCUCUUUUCAGUCAUUGUGUUUGCUGUUUUGUCUCUGUUAGAUUCUAAUACUGUGGAAUGUUUUUAUCCUUCUUUUGAGUCCAAUGAGAAGGUUCUGCUCAUGGUUUUGCCUCCAGUUAUUGGUGCAAUCUCAGGCACUCUGUUUAUGCUCUUCCCCAACAAGCGCCAUGGAAUUGGGUACCCUUCAAGUUCAGGUAGCUCUUCAGAGGAAUCUUAGUUUGUGUUUUGUGCUGCUUGUAUUUGUUCUAUUGCUUCACAAAGUUUGAAGAGUUUGUCUUUAUUUUCUCUUCUUGUGCAUCAAACAGUGUUUGUAAUAAUGUUUACUUUGUUCCUGGUUGUAGGAUUGAUUCAAAAAGUAGAGGAAAAUUUGUAUGCUAUUCUCCCAAGUGAAAAUGAAAUAAGUUUGUAUUAGUCCA